CAGUUACUGAAGUUUUUUUAUCUUGUUAUUUAAAUUUAUAACCAAAUUACACUAUUUUGCCAUGACUUUGGAUAAAAAGAGAGUUAUAUCCGUUAGUAACUAUGUAUUUACUGGAAAUGUACUAGGAAAAGGGAAUUUUGCUCGAGUAGAAGAAGCUGUUCAUACCAAACUUAAUGUAAAGGUAGCUAUUAAAAUUAUAGACAUUAAUAACAUUAAAGAAGAUUAUGUUCUAAAAAACCUUUAUCGGGAAGCAAAAAUAAUAGCCAAAUUAAAUCAUCCGUGUAUAGUUAGUGUUUUUGAAACAAUGCAGAGAUCCGAUAAUGUGUAUUAUUUAGUUACUGAAUUGGCAAAUGGUGGAGAUUUGUGCGCGUUCGUUAAGAAGCAACCAAAUGGAAAACUUGGAGAAAAACAAACAAAAGCAUAUGCAAGGCAAUUUUCAUCAGCUCUGAGUCACAUGCAUAACCAAAAGGUAGUUCACCGAGAUUUGAAAAUGGAGAAUGUGAUGUUGAAUAGUUUACAGACACAAAUUAAGAUCGUUGAUUUUGGCUUAAGUAACUUCUGGAAUAUUGAUAAUCCUCUUAGAACACAUUGCGGAUCUCCAGAAUACGCUGCACCGGAGUUGUUUGUUACUGGUAAGAGAUAUGGGACAGAAGUAGAUCUAUGGAGCUUUGGAAUUAUACUCUAUGGCAUGCUAGUAGGUCAGCUACCUUUCGUUACCUGUCGAUCUACACAACUUUCUUCACAAGAAAAACGAAAGCAAUUGAUUACUCAAAUUAACAAAGGUUUAAAUAGUGCUCACCGCAAAUCAUUAUCUACAUUUAGUACUGACUUUAGAAGUUUAAUAAGUCAGUUAUUGGUGGCAGAUUUUUCUAAAAGAAUGACAACAAAAGAAUUAAUCGUUCAUUCUUGGAUCACAGAUAAAGGUACAAAGAUUAUUUGCUCUAAUCCAAUACAAGAACUAGAUACAUACGAAAAGAGUAAGAUUUUGGGUAAAAUUAGCACUGCUCUACAACUACAACCAAAAGUUGUCAGCAGAGCCAUUUCUCAUGAAAUGCUUGGAAAGAUAGGUGGUAUGUACAAUAUUCUUAAACGGCAUUGUCAAUUAAGACGUCUUCAAGGUGAUGGUACGUCAAAAACAAUACAAUCUUUAACUAUACUGGAACUAACACACUUAGCUAGGACAUUAGAAAAAGAUAAAGCUGCUUUUAGUAACAAGAAUACAAUCCUGAACUUCAUUAAAAAGCCACAAUCUGCUCAACCCCAAAUAAUAAAAGCGGAAUGUGUACCUAAAAUUUCAGUUGGUGACGGAGAACGUAUUAAACCAACUUCAAGCUGUACAUCUAAGUCACCCGAGCAGAUAAAAUCUACUACAGAAAAGAAAAUACAAACGAAGAUACGGCCCAAUACAGUGCAAGAAAUGAUAAAUCCGAGAAGAAUAAAUACAUCUGUUGAUGAUAAUACCAGAACUCUCCAUCAAAGAAGUGCUCCAAUUGAUUACAGAAGUAUUCAAUGUCCUAGCUUAAGAAGAAAAGUUUAUUCAGCAACCAUCACAAACAGGAUUUAUUCCCAAAUUAAAAAUCCUGAUACAAAUUCAAUUCCAUCUGCUAAACUAUACGAAAAGAAAGAUAGUUCUUUGACAUCAGCAAAAGCAGAACACAAUUUUGAUUCCGCUUUAAAAAAUUGUAUCCAAAAGGAUUCAGUAGUUAGAGAAAAAAUUAAAAAACAUCUGCCGUUUUUAUUGGACAGAACUAAAGACAACAAAUCAAAAGAUGGUUCGCAUUCUCCAAAGUCUAAAGAUAAAAAACUAUAUUCAAAAAUGGAAACCAAAAGAAAUGAUGAUUUAAAAACUGUCAAAAAGCAGCUAAUAAAUAUUAUUAAACCUUCUACAGCUAAAAAAACUCAAAUGGUUACUACUUGUUUAAGUAGAGAGACAUGUUUACGGCCCGACUCGAGUCCCGCAAACAUACGUUCCAAAUCACAACAGACCUCAAAACGACGUCCAGUUUCCAGGCCUCUGCAUCAAAUCCUCGAAAAAUCACUUCAAAAUAAUGCAAUUUUAUCUAAAACAGUGGAUUUGAAGCAAACUAAAAAUCAACAGUAUUCAAAAAGUGCCAGUUCAGCUUCUAAAGAACGAAAUAAUUUAAGUAAAAUAAUAAAAGAUUUCAAUGAUCCAAAUAUGGCAAGUACAGCCCAUGGUGAUUACGAUAUUCGAGCAACCUCUUCAGGACAUCGUAGAAAGUUACCCAUUUAUGAUCCAAUAGCGAGGUCCAUAGCUGAUUAUGUUUCAAAUAAUGUUUCAGGUAGGAUGUACCAGUAUCCUUGGGUUAAAAAAUAAACUAUUGUAUUCUGUUGAUGUAAGAUUUAUUUUAAAAUACGGGAACACUAAAUAAAAUGGUAUAUAAAA